UAAGAACACGUGCAGGUAAAUUAAUUGAUUUAUUUUUUUAAGUUGCUAAACGAUGAACUUCAUAAUAAAUGACAACAUCCGUUGCUUUUAUAAUUGAUGUUUCUUGAUUUUGAAAGAAAAAAAUAUAAAACAUACGUCACAAAAUUUGAUUAAUGUUUAUGCACUAUAUUUACAGGAUGCAAAGGCUGAACGAGAAGUAUAUCAGACAGCAGUUGUCCAGGCAAGAGAAGAAAUGUCAACUCACAGACGGCAUGACAGACCAGUAACUCCAGUAUCCGCAGAUUUAAACAAAGUGCACUUUACGUUUGACUACAGCCAGUGCGUUACAAUACCACAUCAUAGCCGGCAAAUGGGUCCAAUAUAUUUUGUGACCGGUAGAAAAAUAAACAUGCUCGGAAUACGGGUAGAUUCUACAGGAGAACAGUUUAACUACUUGAUAGACGAGGAUCAGUCAAUAGGUUUAGAUGGUGGCGGAACUCACGGUCCAAACUCAGUGAUUAGUAUGCUUCACCACAGUCUCUCUAACUAUGGAUUUGGAGAAAAAGGUCUAUAUCUACAUGCUGAUAAUUGUGGAGCUCAAAACAAAAAUAGAUUCACGCUGGCAUACCUGAGUUGGAGAAUAAAUAUGGGAUUACAUGAAAAUAUAACAUUACUUAUGGCUAUCCCUGGACAUACAAAAUGUCUUGUUGAUGGAGGGUUCGGGCGGAUUAACAAGUUAUUUAAAAGAUCGGAUUGUGAGAGUUUGAGCCAGUUUGCGGACAUCGUGGAGAAAUCGGCGAAAGACAAUUUCGCUGUCCUGUACCGAAAUGCAAAUGGCGAUCAAUCAUGGACUUGGUAA